AUGCGUCUUCUCGGUGCUACACUCGCUUCGGCGGCUUUGGCAGUCGCUCUACCCUCUGCGUCCCAAACCACUUCUGCCACUUCCUCCAGCUCGUCCGCUGCCACCGAGCCCUGUGCCGUGGUUAGCCGCCUUCUCGAGAAUAGUGAUACCGGGGACAUCGCCGCUGAGGCCGCGUACAAGUGUCUGAAGUCCGUCCCGGUAGCUGUCAAGGACGAUGAGGAACUCAUCGACGAGCUGAAGCUCCUCUGGCAGUGGCAUUCGGAGACGGGCUGGCUGAAGAACCCUCCCUCGACCUGGGAACUAGGGCCAUUGGACCUUAUCGGCGAGCUCGACAAGAUCAAGAAGAAUCUCCACUCCUACGACAGCGAAUAUGAUGUGCAGAGCGCCAUCAACCGGCUGACCGUCCGGACCGGGAACUACCAUUUCAACUAUGAGCCCGACAUCCUACAGGUCUUUAGCUUCCAGCGCCUGCUAGGCGUGGCCACCGUCUCCGAAGACGGCACCAGCGUGCCCAAGACUUACGUUUCCGCGGACCUCUUCGCCCGCAAGGACGAUGACAGCAUCGACAUCUCCCCGAUCAAGUCCAUCAAUGGCAAAGAUGUCCAGAAGUUUCUGGAAGAGGUGGCGGACGACUCGCAGUACAUCAACCCCGAUGCCCGGUACAACAGUCUCGCGGACCGGGGUCUCCAGGAGGAGUCGCGGGGCUACUUCCUCGUGCAACAGGCAUACCAGGGUGCGUACACGAACUUCACGUUUGCCAAUGGCACCACGCGCGAUGUUGUCAACGUCGCCAUGACCGCUCAGAACUUCUCCGACAUCGCCAGUGGCAAGGACUUCUUCCAGUCGUUCUGCACGGGCGACAUCAGCAGCUACGGGGCCGACUCGGAGAUGAUGAAGAAGAGUCACCUCAAGAGGGCUCCGCUCCGCCGCUGGGCGAAGAGACAGACCAUCCCCAGCGACGACUACCCCAAUCCCAUCGUGGAGCACAGCCUGGGCGCCGUGGCCGGCUACUUCCUGACGGGCUCCGGUCUGACCGACGUUGCCGUGUUGAAGAUCAUCACUUUCGACCCUAAGGAGACCGGCUACAGAGAGUUCCAGAAGGUUAUUCGACAAUUCUUGGAGAGGUGCACGCAGGCCAACAAGAAAAAGCUUGUCAUCGAUCUCCGCGAGAACGGCGGUGGUGAAACGGCCCUGCUUCUGGACGCAUUCAUGCAGCUCUUCCCGGACAAGGAACCUUUCAGUGCUCAGAGGUACCGUGCCCAGGACCAGUUCAAACUCGUCGGCGAGGCCGUCGACGCCAUCCAGACCAACGAGACUGCUCUGAAGUGGGUAGAAAAGAAUACCGAGCUAGGUAUCGCCUCGGGAUACAGUCUGAGAUACUGGUCGUACUGGAAUUUUAUCGAUGCUAACGGCAAGACCUUCUCCUCGUGGGACUCCUUCUACGGGCCUCAUAAAUUCAACGACGACGAGUUCUCAUCGAUCGUGAGAUACAACCUAUCCAACAGUAACCCCAGCAGCAUCCUCCCCGGCAACUUCACCUUCACCGAGGCCUCCAACAACAAGAAAGCGCCCUUCUCCGCCGACAACAUCGUCAUGUUCACCGACGGACUCUGCGGCUCCUCGUGCGCCUCCUUCCACGAAGAGCUAAAGAACAUCGCCGGCAUCAAAGCCGUGACCGUCGGCGGCCGCGCCAAACCCGGCCCCAUGCAGACCAUCGGCGGCACCAAGGGCGGCGAAGUGAUCCCUUUCUCCGCCGUCUCCUACGAUAUCCCCGAGCUCUUGAACGUCACCACGCAGCUCGGCAUCGCGCCGGAUCUCGACUCGUCCCCUAUCCACCGCAUCCUGGACACCGAGCAGGUCUUCCUGCGUGUCGGGGACUCAUACAGCCGUCUCCAAGUCCAGGAUCAGAUCCGGAAGGGCGACUCCUCGCAGACUCCCCUGCAGUAUAUCUACGAGGCUGCCGAUUGUCGGAUCUGGUACACGGCUCAGACGCUGGUGAACCCCGAGAAGGCGUGGGCUGCGGCGUGGAAUGCGCAUACGAAACGCACUAACUGCGUGGAGGGCUCGACGGGCCACAAUUCCAGUUUGAGUGGUGGGUAUAGGGCCUACGGAGCGGGUGCAUUGGAUGGGAAGGACGGCAGUGGUAGUGAUAAGGACUCGAGCGCGGAGUCGAAUGCUGCGUUGGCUUGGAGACCGAGUCUUGGUUUGGUUUCGGGGGCGGUAGUUUUGAUGAGCCUUGUGCUUUAG